AUGGCCAUGCUUGCGUCCAAGUCGCAGUAUGUCGCUCCCAUGGGCAACUCGGCGCCAGCAUCGUCGUCUCACUACCCCCCGAGUUCCGCCAGUCACCGCCAUCCGCACACCUCGGCCGCCGCCCAUAACGGCACACGGUUCGCCAGCCCGACCGAGUCGGAGUUCUCUGAGACUUUCGAUGCUCCAGGCUCAGUAAAGAACUGGGAUGAGGAACGCGUUGGAGAAUGGCUGAAGAGCAUAAACUGCGCCCAAUAUGUGCAGCUCUUCAAAGAGAACAACAUCAACGGCGAGGUGCUGAUGGAGAUGGAUCAAACUCAGCUGAAAGAGAUGGGCAUCAAGAAGAUCGGCGACCGCGUUCGCAUUGGCUCGCAGGCGAAGCUUUUCAGGAAUAAAGAAUACCGCAAGUCGAAGCGCAACUCGAAUAGGGAGUCGCUGGCUCUCCUCGACAGCGCAAGCUACACUCCUCCGUCAUCCGGCUCACCCAGGCCCCUUCAUUCAGCAAGAGGAUCGCCCCUCGUCGACCAAGAAAACCGCGGGCUUCGCCCUCCGACGUCCGGCAACAUGUACAGCCCUAAGCACUCGCUCAAGAAAGACGACUCGUACUUCGGCCAGCCUCUUAGCGCCAAUUCUUCUUCAGGCCGCGGUCCCAGCCAGGACGGUUCAACCACCAACAGCAGCGCUCUGCCCGCCGACAAAGCCUUGAUUCGAGUCAUCUAUGACAACGGCAGGUCCUCCGUCAUUGAUAUUAAAGGAUGCAGGUCGGCCGAAGACAUCAUGCUCCAGGUGCUGAGGAAGGGCGCGCUCAACGAAGCCCAUGUCAAGAACUAUUGUUUCUACGUGCUCGACGGCACUGAACCUAACCCAGCCCUCUGCCGUAAGCUUAGCGAUGUCGAGCUGAUUCGCGUGUGCAACGAUCGGUCAAGGAUGGAGCGGAACCGCCUCAUUCUUCGCAAGGUCCACGCCGGUGAACCCGAGGAUGACCAACUUAAGGCCGCCGCCAGCAUUGCCGCACAACAACACAGUCAGCUAAACCCCACAAUAUUACCUACUACGGCUCGAGGCCAGCUCAAGAUUGAAAAGCUUACGGGCGAGUCCCUGGCUGCAGUAAGUUAUCCGCUUUCUCCGGCAUCGCAGAAAGAACGCGAACGGCACAUCAACUCGACUGCCAAGGACCUGGAACGCUCGGACAGCGAUCGUUCAGCCAGCAGGACUCCGGACAGGCCAAUGAAGCAGUUCUACGGCGGCCGCCCACCGAGCAACCUUAUUACAUCCGAUCUGGCCUCGUACUUCCCGGAUGUCGAAAAGGAGGAAAUGGACAAGACUAUCCGCAUGUCUGUCAGACGGUCUCGCCGGCUGAGUCGAGCCGCCAGCCGUCUCAGCACACUAAGCAACUUCAGUGUUGCCUCAAGUUUGAAGGAUGCUCCACCACUCCCCUCUAUUGCUGACCAGUGGCUUAACAACAAUGGUGGCCAAGCCAAGCCCUUACGACCACUCUCGGUAAUGCGCCUCGGCCUGCCGUCUCUAGGUCAGACGGCGUACCGCGAUUCGAUAACGUCAUCCGUCCUCGAACCGCUGGAAGAAGAAUCCCCCACCGAUGGCUCGUCAAUCCGCAAAUCCUACGUCUCGUUCGGCGGGGACAGUGGAUCUGAAACCGUGGCUGUCACCGAUCCGGAGGGCCAUACAACGCUGCACAGCUACUUCGACGAUGGCGGCAGCAGCUUCGCCGGCAGUAGCCAGGGUACAGAGGCCGGCGACUCGUUCAACAAGCGCUUGAGCUCGGCACUGGCCGAAGACGGCGAGGAGUACGACGAAGAGCUUGAGGAAUACCUCGAGACUGACUCGUGGGAGAACGUCAAGUACAUGAAGGGCGCCCUGAUUGGUCAAGGUUCUUUCGGCAGCGUGUAUCUCGCACUGCACGCUGUGACGGGUGAGCUGAUGGCCGUGAAGCAAGUGGCGCUGCCAACCGGCGGCACUGUUGACCCCAAGAAGGCGAACAUGCUUGAUGCGCUGAAGCGCGAGAUCGGCCUGUUGCGCGAGCUGAAGCACCCCAACAUCGUGCAGUACCUCGGCUCUAACAGCGAUGAAACGCACCUCAACAUUUUCUUGGAGUACGUCCCAGGUGGCUCGGUUGCCACGAUGCUGGUCAACUACGGUCCUCUCCUGGAGCCACUUGUUGCAAACUUCGUGCGCCAGAUUUUGACCGGCCUCGCAUACCUGCACAGCAAGGAUAUCAUCCAUCGCGACAUCAAGGGCGCCAACAUCCUCGUCGACAACAAAGGCCGAGUCAAGAUCUCCGAUUUCGGAAUCAGCAAGCGAGUUGAAGCCUCCACUCUGCUUUCUCCCUCGAGUGGCAAGAAGGGAGCCAACCGCGUGUCGCUACAGGGCUCUGUCUUCUGGAUGGCGCCUGAGGUCGUCAAACAGACUGCAUACACACGCAAGGCUGACAUCUGGUCGCUUGGCUGCCUGAUCGUCGAGAUGUUGACGGGUGUCCACCCCCAUGCCGACUGUUCGCAGCUGCAGGCAAUUUUUCGCAUUGGAGCUGCAGGCGGCAACGCAAGCCCAACGAUCCCCGACAACACCAGCGAUGACCUCAAGUUCUUCCUCAGUCGCACGUUCGAGAUUGAGCACGAGAAACGCCCGAGCGCCGACGAGUUGCUGGAAAGCGAAUUCUGCGUGGUCAAGGCGUAG